UCCUUCUGCUCCGGAACGCGCAGCCGGCGACAGCGACACCGCGCGAUGUCCUCGCUGCAAUUCUACAUGCCCUCGUGCGUCUGCCCUCGGGCGACGCCGUUUGAAGGCGGCUACGAUACGCCCACGCGGCUUCCGCUAUCGCUGCCGCCCCGACCAAUCGUCCUCCCAUCGUUCCCGCACCAGUGCCCGACGCAGACGCCGCGUGGUGCGCUCGCAGUCGAGUUUGCACUCGCCAAUGUCACGCCAGCCGACGUCGCGCAGCACGUGGUCUUCCUUCGGUUUGAACCCGCAGAGACCGAGCUGAACGCGCUCCAAAUCGGGGACCAAGUGCCCUGCGCCUGCAUAGUCGACGACGUGCAGUCGACGAGCCAUCCGACUGGCACGUGGCUGCCAAGCCAAGAGUAUAUUUUCGACCAGGCUACCGGGCUCGCGCAUUGUACGUACGUGCCGCUGACGCAAGAUUGGUCGUUCUCGUGGUCGCAAGUGUGGCCUGCGGCGACGUUGACGGCGUAUCUCUUUGUCCGAUGCCAGCAAGGCCCCGACACGGUUCUCCAAGUCGUUGCGUCCGCCCGAUCACCUGCCUUCGCCAUCCGGCAAAUGCCCCGGCCGCCGUCGCCACCUGCUUCAACUUCAUUUGACGUCUCGUUGGGUAUCAUUCUGGCGUUUGUGAGCGCGCUACCGCCUGGUGUCGGCGGCGCCAUCGCGAGCCGCCAUGUGCAGUCGCGGCUGCUCAAGCCGCUCUUUGCGCGCCUUCAUAUGCCGUUGACCGAAGCAUAUCUGACCGAACAUGCGCGCAUUCUGCCGUUGGCUGUCGACCGGGCAUCGCUCCUUGUCACGACGUUGGAAGCUACGUGCCUCGGCGUCGCGACGUCGUUGCUCGACCCGAACCUCGUCCAGCAACUCCAAGCGCUCUGUCUCUACGACGCCGACUGCCUCUUGGACAGAGACCGGCUCACGACCUUGUACGAGGCAUGGAAGAGGCUUGUCGCGGCUUAUAUAGACCAGUGGCUGCAAACAUCGUCGCGCUACGACUCGUAUACGCAGCUCGUGCGCGACGUCGUAUCGAUCGCGCCACACCUCCAAAGCACGCCGUCUCCGUCCUUGUUUGAGCCAUUUGUCGCGCAGCUGCGCGAGCUCUACAUGGCCAAAGCGCAGCCCCAGGAAGUGUGGCCGCUGCACCAGCAAUUGUCGCCGUUCGACGGGCGCUGGCUCUGCGCGAUCUUGCCGCCGCACCACCCCGGCGUCCCCGCACCCGUGCUGCCAAUGCUCCAGUGGGUCACGAUGGCGUACUGCUUUCGACAGUACCUUGAUGCCCACAACGUCUUGCACGUGCGCUCCGACCUCGCGAUUCACUCGACCAUCUGGUCGACGUACACGCUGGACGACCGCCUCCGCGUCGCGCGCGUCUUUCCUAACGGUGCCAACACCUUGCGCGAGUGGAGUGCGUCCUGGCUCCACGGCGAUUACAUUGGUCGCGUGCGGUCGCCGGGCGUCAUUUGCCUCACGUUUUACGCCUGGCCGCUGCAGCAGUCGUCGACAGCCUACAUCGCGCGCGUGCAGAUGACAGCGACGACGCCGACAAGGCUCCAGUUUGAGUGGAGUCUGACGUCGACUACCGUGACACUGGGCGCAGACUAUGUGACCAUGACGGCCGAGAAGCGCCAGAGCUGCUUGAGCGAGACCGAGACGCCAUUGAUGGCGCUCGACCUAACCUACCACCGCGUCCCCACGUCGGGCGACGGCUAUACUAUUUAACUCUAUCCCCAUCCACAAAUAUACGACUGUGGCGACGACU